GUUGAUUGUUAUUCAAAUGAACGUUAGUGAGCUGAGCCUGUUUCCGCAACUCCGCCAAACGGCUCGUUAGCGUAAACGCGCUGAGCUCCGCUUUUCGUCUACCCCGAGCAGUGCUGGCGUGACUGAAGUAGCCUACAGUAUAUAGGACUAGCGUUCAACAUGCAGCUGUCUGUGUUAUCUGCUUUCCUCUCAACAGGGGUCCUGGUAGCCCUUUACAAGCUCACCACGGCAGAAUCCAAUGCAGCAAGUGACUUAGCAGCCAACGAUAUUUGUACUGACUGCGUGAACUUCAUGGGCGAUGUUUCCCAAAUCCUGAAGAAUCCAAAGGAUCAGGAGAUUAUAAUCGAGAAAGUGGAGCAGUUGUGUCGGAUUUUGGGGUCGACUUACUGUGCGGAUUUCGUUGAUGAAUAUGGAGAGCUUGCCCUGGCCUAUUUGGCUGACUUCUUUGAUCCUAAAACCAUCUGCACAUCUCUCCGUUUAUGUCACAGCCAAGGACCUGUUCCGGUAGCUAACUUCAAGUUGAACAAACCGCCGGUGAAGGAUAAUGGUAACUCCUGCACCGACUGUGUGGCCUUCCUGACCGAUCUGGACAACCUCCUGAAGAACAGAACGAUCGAAAACAUGAUCAUUGAAAAGCUGCGUGAGAUUUGUGAUCUUCUUGGCUCUGUCUCCUGUGCCAAUGCCGUGGAGGACUAUGGCAUGCUGGCUCUUAAUCUCAUAAGCAAGAACUUUGUGCCCAAGACAUUGUGCAUCAAGAUGACGUUCUGCCAGUCGGUUUCUGCUAAUAAGCCUCUGCAACUUCGAGAUGAUCAGAUUCGGCAGGUGUUGUAAACUCUCCAGUGAUAGAUGUGGAUCCUAUCCAUAAUCAGCCACCAACACAGAGACGAGGAUUACUAAUCAUUAUCAGAUUCACUGGCAUAAUCAGAACCAUGUACAUGUCAGUUGCCUUUUUGCCGACGUAAAUCCCAAUAGUUUUUGUCUAUUAUGUUUUUGUUUUUUCAUUACUCAAAAAGUUAUGAAUUCAUAGGGUGGCAUUAUUUUAGUGUAGUGAGAAUAGCUCUCAAAAUCUCUUAUUUUUUAAUUACUCCCAGAGUCUCAUGACGCAAAGAGAGUACAGAUGCUGAGAUCUUUUAUAAGGGUCAAUGAAGGCAGCUGAAAGGAACUAAAACGAUAACGAGGCUCUGACUGCUUGUUGUGGACGUUGACAAUUUCAAAAAGUACAUAAUUUUUUUAUCCAGAUUUAUAUUUUACCCCUAAUUUCAAAUUUGCUAAUUGCUAAUUUGCUGCUAUGUCGUUAGCCUCCGAUUAAUAGUACGUGCAAAGUUCAAAAUUGCAAAACUACCGGUAUGAGUUCAAUGGUGCAUUUGGUUGUUUACUUCUGACUUGGCCUCACUGACAAGUCGGCCAUCUUGAAUCGAAAGCGAGGCAAUUCUUGUAAAAAUGAUUUCCAAGACUUUAUAUGCUUGGGAAGGAAAAUAGUGCCAUGAGCAAUCAAUGCAUUACCAUCCUAGUGCUCCAAUGGAUAGUUCCAAAUUACGGAUAAAAUGUCACUGUCGCCAUUAUUGUCGAAAUCAGGAACAUUUUUUUUCUAAAGCGAUUCUGUACAUGUAAUUACAGCAAAAUAGUCAGGCUCUUACCCAUUUCAGAUUGAUCAAUAAAUAAUGUGGAUUCGAGGAGCGCGCUCUAAAAUGA